AUGGCGCAAACUCCUCAGCAGCGACGACGCAACGAGGCCUUUGCCAAGGGCAAUGAGAACAAGAUGGGCAAGGCCGAGCAACAAGUCAAGAAGCGGGUUGAGAAGGUCCAGAAGUCACCCAUCUCUGUGUUCUGGCUCAGCAUCCUCGGCUUCGUCAUCUUCGGCGGUCUUGUCUUCGAGGCUCUCUCCCGAUUCUUCGGUUAA